AUGAAAACUAUACAGGUUCAAAGUUGGAGAUCAAUUCAGCCUAAUGACCGUUCACGAUCUCUACCCUCCAAAUACCGUAAUUAUACUCCGAAAUUCCCUUCACGAACUCUUGCAGAAGACAACAUGGAAGGUCAUUUUUCAAACCGCAGCAAGGCAGAAUUAUUUCCUCACGAAAUUACAAAACCUCAAAGAAUUGAACUCCCAGUCUAUUUUAACACCCCAAGACGAUUUUCUAUAACAAGACCAAAAUCUCCUCCAAAGCCUGUGAAUAACUUGUUUAAAAACCCAAAUCAAAGCUUUCAGAAUGCCCUUGAUUUAGAAAAGACAACUACAGUUAUGAAAAGAUUGAAGGAUUACAAUAUGCUAGCUUUUGCUUGCAAAAGAGCUGGGAAAACAAGAGAUGAAGGCAGGGCUUAUUAUAGUAUUGGGGUUUUAUAUGACAACUUAGGCCAAUAUAAAAAAGCUAUAUCUUCUUAUACACAAUUUUUAAAUGUCUGCCAAUCAAUUGGAGAUGUCCAUGGAGAAGCUUUGGCUAACAACUGCAUUGGAGUUGAUUAUACCAAAAUGGCUGAAGCUGAGCCUGGAAAUAAUGCACUGUGGCAGGAAGCUAUUAAUUAUCAUAUGAAGCAUAAAGAUAUUGCUGAUGUCCCUGGGAAAUUUUUAGCACAUAUAAACUUAGGGAUUAUUUAUAGCAAACUUGGAGACAAUGAAAGGGCAGCAAUAAAUCAUCAAUUUGCCUUGCGAUAUGCAAUACAGAUGUCUAGUGUGGCUGGACAAAGCGUUGCUAUUGGAAAUUUAGGCCAAAUCGGAAAUAAUAAAAUUGUAGGAGAUAAUGAGAAGCUUAAAAUGUUCGCUGAACGAUAUUUAGCACUAAGCCAUGAGCUGAAAAACAGAAAAGGAGAAAGUGGAGCUUAUCAACAGCUUGGAAAUAUCAGUUUUAGUGUUGGAGAUUAUGAUUCCAGCACAAAAAAUUAUUAUCGAGCUAUGAAGAUUGCUGAAGAAAUUGGAGAUAAAGAGCUUUUAGAUGUUGCAAAAUGCAAUUUUGGGGCUGCAAAUGCAAACUUGAAGAUGGAUGAACAUAUGAAAAAUAUAUUGCAAAAAGUAAAUCAAGCACGAGCUAAAUUUUAA